AUGAAAGAAACCGGUCGUUGUCGCCUUUCCCACUAUCGAGUUUUUUCAACACGCACCCCUACGGAUCUACGAGAAACAUAUGAAUUCUUGGAUAUUUCCAGCGACUUCAACCCAAUUAGUGCGACGAAAGCUCUGAGUCCAGACGACCUCGCCUGGGGCACCAUGUUGGCCCUACUUUUGGCUGUGCUGGCGACUUUCUUGCAAAGUAGACGAUCCCAGAAUGAUUUUGUCCCAAGCCGGAUCGAACCAUCCUUGGCAGACAAUUGGCGGAAUUCUACAGCGAAAACUUUUAUUGACAAUACCACGUCCGCAACACCGUUUGAAGAAUGGAAGGAAAUUUCAAAGCCAGAAAAUUAUGUUUGGUAUAACGCGGACUUGCGUGCGAAGCAACAGCUGCGUCAUACCAUGCCGUCGACUUAUACGUUUGCUCAAGGAUGGACGCUGGUCGCAUUAUUCGUUAUUUUUGCUCCCAUUUUUUCGUUUGAGUUUGCUCUGACUGUGUCUCGACAAAUACUGUGUGCGCUGGAGCGCACGCAAGGUCUUUGUGAUCCGUACCAGUGA